AUGGCGCUCUUUUCAAAACGUCUAACCUGCUUCUAUUGCGGGCGGCGCUCUAACCGGCCCGUCCAGUCGCUCAAUAGCACUGUCCGAAAGUUCCACUGCGAGAAUUGUGAGGCGGAUAACUACCUCGACCAGAACGGAGACAUCACAGACCCCCCGACCGCAGCAACAAACCCCCAGGCCUCUAGUUCUGACGCGCAAAGCCCUCGCUUCGAAUCGAUUGGCUUUGAAGAGUCCGACCUGUUUUGUUCCCGAUGCAUUCGUAACCAACAUUUGUUUACCCACUCCUUGGCAGCAUACCAAGCGCCCUCCGACGACCCAUCUUUCGACCACGAAAAUCACUAUGCCCAAUACCGCAGGAGUAUGGAAGACCGAUAUCCGACUGUAUGCGACAAUUGCGAGCCGCGCGUGCGACAGCGAAUUAAGCAGGCCGGCUAUGAGGCCAAGGCGGAUCACCUCAGGCGCAUGAUGGACCAAACCCGAGCCAGCAAAACUGCACGACAGGCAAGGAACCGUAGCUGGCAGAGCUUGCUGGUCUACGCCGGAGCUCUUGGCUACUGGGCGAGUAUCUGCGGUCAACUUGCAUGGGAUGUGUUGGGCGCUCUGACGGCCCCCUCGUCACCCACCGCAGAUACCGAUGUGUCUAUGGACCCAUCCGUCCAUUUAAUGGCUUGCGUGGGUCAGACUUUAGAUGGUGGGCGGAUCCCAGUCGAAUGUGCCUAUGAUCUGGCGCCACCUGCUGGUCUUGCGCUCGUGGCAGGAAGUCUGUCGCUAUGGUGGAACCCACGCUUGCGCAUGAAGAUCGAAGGGCGCUCUGGUCGAUUCAAGGGCCUCGCCGAGUACUAUCAAGUACAACUUAUUGUCAUGGUCGUCCGAUGCGUGUUUUGGUCUUUACUGAAGGACCCGUCUGCCAGUGGCAUUGAAGCAACUUUGCCUGCUGCUUUGCAUAUGUUCAUGAUUCUCUUCACCCUCUUGUCUGUUGUCAUCUCUCGGCGCGUCAUCCACUAUGACACCCGGCCUCUGGUAAAUUGGUCGGACAACUCUUGGGAGAGUGCGCCUCUACGGAGCACCGAAACGUCGCCUGUACCUGAAUCUCGUCCUAGACCAAUUCAUUCGACACCGAAUGCGAGCACCAGUCAAAUUCGUCAGCGAUUUCCGUUUGAUAAACUCGGUUCCGCCCGGCCAAUCGUGGAGAGUCCGCAAGUCAUGUCCCCCACACCACCUCCCGAAUCCGAAGACAUGGACUGGACUCCGUCUGCCCCUCAAAACAUCCAGCCGACACCGCUCCUCAACCGCCAGCGUGGACUCUCCGUAACAAGACCCCCCGUGAAACCGAUCGAACAAGUCAUCGAGCCUAACCCUUUUCACCGAAAUCUAUCACCUACCCAAAACCAAUGGCAAAAGAAACCAACAAGCCUAGAACCUUUCUUUCCGGCAAGCGACCACGAUGCUGCCACUGGCCUCGAGACCCUCUUCAACCGCGCCUUUGAUCUUGGAACCGAAGAGGCCCCGAGAAGUCAAUGGAAUCAAUCAAAGCGUCGUCCCAUUUCAUAUGCUAUCAACACACCCCGUCAGCUGGUCCUGCAGUAUCUUCGGCUGUUUUUGUUGCUGGGCUCCAUGACCGUAUGGACAUAUUCCCAAAACCACCAAACCUCCAUACCUGGAAACUACAUUGAGACAUGCGCUCUGGGCAGCGCAAGUCUGAUCUCAGGCUUCGCUCUUCUGGAAGCAGUCAAGAAACCGUUGGUGCAGUGGAAUGGGAUGGAGAUCUUGGUCUAUAUCACGGAACUUGGCGCUGCGAUUCACUUAGGUGCCCAUUUGCCCCAAGAGGCCUUUGAACGAGAGUAUUUCGACCGAUACGGGAAAAUACUCCUUGGUUUCAUGGCAGUACAGGAAAUACUGAAUCUGCUUGCAUUCUAUCGAUCGGCAUCGGCCGCUCCGCGACCCGAAGACCAGCAAAAUGCUGCUUCGACUUCUCCGCGUCAAGAACUUUCAUCCCAAGGGGCCAUCGGUUGGUCUCCUGUCGGAUCCCCAGUCAACAGUCCUACCAUCCCCCAAUCAUUCUCCCCGCAACUGCAACAACAGUCCUUUGCUUCACGAGCACAACAGUUUUCUCCGCAACCACAACAAUUUUCUCCGCAACAAUCGGCCCCCCCUCUGUCUUUCUCAUCGGCAGCCGGAGGUAUAUCAUCCGCCCUGCCAACUGUUCCAAACUACGGAAUUCCGUCCUCGCAGACCUUUGGGUCUUUCUCCUCGGGUUACAAUCACAACCAUAACCCACAUAGCUUUACUAUGGAUUCGCUCAAGGCGAAUGAGCCGGUUUCCGACUACGAGCAAGACUCUGAUUCCGAAACUGUUGCUACCGAAUUUACCACCCGCACGGAUGCCACGAACCGCAAUAUCCGGUACGGGCGCAAUCCGAUCCAUGAACACAACCCCCCAUUCUCGCCCAGGCGUAGUGAGCUUGGGCCUGGACUUGGGGGGUUGAGUUUGGAAGAUCGCCCAACCCCUCGUCGCAUAACCCGCAGUCAGACCCAGCAACCGAUGACACCAGGACGACGUUUCCCUAGCCGUGUUGUCUUCUGA